UUAACCUCAGGCAGGCAGGACAGGGAUGCAGGGUAGGGGGAACCUCGGAGACCCCUGUAGCCUUGCUGCAGGAAGCCUGCUUCUCGCGGUCUCUCCUAGAGGACUAAAGGAGGAUUUGUGGUCACGCACCUGAGUGCUAAGGAGGAGCUUAUUUGGGAGUGUUCUCCUUUCUAUGUUGAUUUUGUAGAAAGCAGACAUUCCCUGGGUAGAAGGUAAGAUUCUCAGUGAGGGCUGGAACCUGUUCAAUCUGAUCCAUAUGUUGCCAGCCGAGCUCUAGGCUCGUAAAACAGAAGGCUCUGAGAUCUGUCUUUACCGCCUACAUCAAUGCAGUCUGCAGCUGGCCCAGCUUGGGGAGUAAUGACCUCAUCCUGUCAAACCGGGAAGAGCUGGCUCUCAGUGAUGCUUAGAUGGAAAACCACACACUCCUCACAGAGGAAAAGCAUCCCCAAAGGACAUGUAUAAGGAUCCUGGACUCUAUUGCCCGCAAGAAGCUUCAGCCACCUUCACAGGCUCUGGGAUCUGUCUCUAUCUCCUACAUCAAUGCAGUCUGCAGCUGGCCCAGCUUGGGGAGUAAUGACCUCAUCCUGUCAAACCGGGAAGAGCUGGCUCUCAGUGAUGCUUAGAUGGAAAACCACACACUCCUCACGGAGGAAAAGCAUCCCCAAAGGACAUGUGUAAGGAUCCUGGACUCUAUUGCCCGCAAGAAGCUUCAGCCACCUUCACAGCAGGGCAUUGUGCAGCUCCCUUUCCAACCCCACUUGGUGCGGGAGAGCAAGGAAGAGGGCCAGGGCCAGACCAACGCUGAGCAUCUGCCACCCAGCACUGCGCCAUCUAGAGCUAACUCAUGGCUGGUGCCCACUCAGUUCCAGGAUGGAGAGGCUCAGUCAGAUGCUGGGGAAGAAGGCUGCAGACGUGGCUCCAGAGCCAGUGGGAAGCAGCUGCUGGCUUCCCCAGGAGGAGAGCCGCCCCUCUGUCCCUGCUGGCGGGGAAGCAGCUUGUGGCCAGGCCAAGCGGUGCAAGUACCUGGCGUUCUGGAGGAGGAAAACACCUUCCGGGUCAAUAUGGAGGUGACCCAGGGCACGGCGGGAGCCGGGCAAGGCGGCUCUGGGGCUUCAUCUCCAGGAAGCAGAGGAGCUAGAAGCACAGCACCAGGACCCAGGUGGAGUUAUCCCCCAGACUGGCCUCCAGCCUGUCCAGGGCAGGUGAUUGGCCACCACUGCUCUAGCACAAGCAGCUCCACCUACUCCCUAGGGGCCAGCAAGACAAUCCUAGUCCUGCUCCAGGGCGUGUCAUUUUGGCCUCCUAAAUUUGGGGUGGUGCCCCUGUGCCCCUGAAGGAAACAGCCCCGAGACCCCACAGGAUCAAUGGGGAGAAUCCUCAAAGCGCUGAGCCCAAGACCCUCAGACCUGUCCCAACGCCCCCCAGACAGGAGAGGAGAGCUGAGUUCCAGUGUCUGAAAGCAGAGGAGAGGAGGUUAAAUGCUCCAUGUCCUCUCCCUGCUGGGGCGGGAAGCAGGUUCUGGGAGUCGCCCCGGCAUUGCUGCCGCUCACACGGCUUUCUCCCUGCUCCCCAGCACUUGCAGCUGUGGAUCUGCUCU